CUGGCUAGCUUAUACACACACCCCGACCCCAUAUUGUUCCAUAAGUCAUCUAGUACAGUCACCUCUUGCAUCCAUCAAGGUGACAUAGCCCUCACUGUGAUCCACGUCAAGUGCAUAAUAGCUGGCAUCGCAAUGGUGCUGCAUACAUUACUGCAUACUGCCAUGUAA